AUGACAGAUGAGGAUAAACUUAAGUCUUUAGAGGAUAGCUAUACGUUAAAUGCAGAUCACAUUUAUAUACAACUAAACGACUAUGAUUUUUACUCAACCAAACCAAGUAUUCUAGAUAGUACACAUGGUACUAGUUUACCUUUACACAAAUUUGAAAAUGUUCCUGUAAUAAGAAUAUUUGGUUCGUUGCCAACUGGUCAUCAAGUGCUUUGUCAUGUACAUGGAAUUUAUCCAUACAUCUAUGUUGGUUACGACGGUUCGAUACAUGAUAUAUCGACUGUAAUGAAUCAAAAAUGUUCAAAUAUCCAUUCAAAAUUGGAAAACUUAUCUAGGGUGCAACUUGGAAACCAGAAGAAUGAUAAAGCUUCAUCACAUUCUAAAAAUGAUAAUAAUCAUAGAUUAAAAUAUGUAGCCAAUGUAUCGAUUGUUAAAGGGAUCCCCUUUUAUGGCUACCAUGUUGGCUGGUCUUUAUUUUACAAGAUCAGUUUUCUAAAACCGCAUUUUGUUAAUCGAAUCUCAGAUUUAAUUCGUAAUGGUGACUUAUUUAAAAAUGGAGCUCAAAUCUAUGAGGCUCACAUUCCUUAUUACUUACAAUUUUGCGCUGAUUUUAAUUUAUUUGGUUGUUCAUGGUUAGAAUUAGAUACAUGUUACUUUCGAAAGCCUAUUCUCAAUAAGAUUUUGGAACUAGAUAAACUGCUUUUGACUCCAGAAUUAGAAAAGUUCGUUACCAAGUUUGCGGGUCAAAAUUCAUCUAAAGUCUUAGAUUCAAAUAUGUUUCCAAAGGUUGGCAAUAGCCUGUUGGAAGUAGAUGUUUUACCACAAUAUAUAAAUAAUCGGAAUAGCUUAGACUUUGUCGAUUUACACCAUGAUUUCAUAGAGAAGAAUAAUGAAAACAUAGACGAAGUACGAACUCGUUAUAUUAAUUCUACAAAACACUUGAAUAAAGAAAUUGAGUCAAUAAGGGAAGCCUUUGAUUUACCUCCCUAUUUUGGAGAGAAGAUUAAUGGUAGGUAUAAUAUAGAAAGCAAAUGGAAUAAUCUAAAAGAGCUUAAAAAUAUUUUUGAGAAAACAGAAGCGAGACUUUACAGAAAGAAUGGAAAAACUACCACUUUUGAUGGUUACAUCUCUAAUGACCCAAGAUUUAAUAAAAUUAACACCCCUCAUGGAAUGAUAGAUGAAUUGUGGCCAAACGCAGCUAUUGAAAUAGAAGAUAAUAUCACAAACGAUAAAGAAAAUUUGAAUAAUAUUACUAAAUCAUAUUCAAAACCAAUGAGUGAUUUGGAAACGGACAUAGGUUUACUGGAAGUUGUAACGGACAAUGAGAAUAACAAUUCUGAGGAAGAAGGUGAUAUAAAUAGAGAAUCACAUAAAGAACCAAUGUCUGAAAUGGAUGUUGACAAACCCAUUCUAGGAAAGGAACAGAAGUCUCAAGGUCCAUUCUCUAUUGAUUUUCAGUUAACUCAGUCCAUAGCUAAUAAAAGACAAUUAUCUAUCAAUGAUUUCUCUAAUGCUGAUGAAGAUAUUAAAAAUAUUAAACAAAGGCGAACUGACUAUAUUGGAAUACCUGUUGGCAGAAGUGCUUACGCAUGUAAUCCAUGCAAUAUUUCCUAUAACUCAAUCGUAUCUGAUUUGGAAAAUGAUGGUUAUCCUAAAGUUGAUUAUAAGAAUCCGUUUUUCAGUAAUCCGGUUGACCUGAAAAAUCAAUCAUAUUCGUAUUCUGGGAAAUUAUUUGAAAUAACAUCUUCACAUUUAUCUCAACGGAUACCUUUACAAUUUGAUGAAUCGGAAAUUGUUAUACAAGAUGCAUCAAGCAGCAAAUAUUUUUCGUCAUGGAAGUACUUACCAGAACCUCCAACUUUUCAAGAGGUUCAGCGAAGUGAGACAUCUAUUGGAUUAAAAUAUAAGCCUAAUAAAUCAUCACUUAACAAAUCAAUCGGCGGUUUCAGAUAUGCGAUGGACAGUGAAACAUCAAUAACUAAACAAAAAAGUAAUAUACAUAGUGUGUUAACACACCUAACAUUGGAAGUUCAUACACAGUCUAGACAUGAUAAGGUUCCUGACCCAAAACAUGACCGUAUUCAAUUAAUAAUUUGGAAAGUGGACGAAGAUUCUUUCCCUUUCGACCUAAAUAUUUCUACCGAAGGUGUGAUGAUUGUUGUGGAAGAAAAAACUGAUCCAGAACUGUUAGGAAUUAUUACUAGUGCAAUUGGAAAUUUACCAGUUGGCAUCUAUUAUAGUGAGUUAGAAAUGUUUGAUGCUAUAAUAGAUCUAAUUCUGUUUUUUGAUCCAGACAUAUUAUCUGGUUUCGAAGUCCAGAAGUCAUCAUGGGGUUACAUGUCUGAGAGAUGUACUCAUGUAUAUAAAUUUGAUUUUUUAAAUGAAAUAUGUCGGGCUACAAAAUAUACCAACAAUCGAAAAAACAGCAAAUGGGGAACCUCUCAUACAACAAGUAUAUCUGUUCCUGGAAGGCAUGUAUUGAAUAUUUGGAGAGCCAUGAGAUCCGAAGUUAACCUUAAACAAUAUACAGUCGAAAUUCUUGCUUAUGAGGUAUUACAUAAACGUUUACCAAGGUUCUCAAGUCAAUAUCUUACAGAGUUAUGGAAUAGUCGUGAUAUAACUAAAAUUAGAACAGUUGUAUUUUAUUGGAUUAACCGCGUCAGAGUCAAUGUCUCUUUAUUAAAGAAACAAGAUUAUAUCGAGAGGAUUAUCGAGCAAGCAAGAUUGAUUGGUAUAGAUUUUUAUUCAGUUUAUUAUAGAGGUUCACAAUUUAAUGUUGAAAGUGUACUGGUGCGGUUAUGUAAAUCAGAAAGCUUUUUGUUACUAUCUCCUAGUAAAGAUGAUGUAAGGAAUCAGAAACCGCUUGAGUGUGUACCAUUGGUAAUGGAACCUGACUCUUUGUUUUACAAAAGUCCAUUAGUCGUGUUAGAUUUCCAAUCAUUGUAUCCAUCAGUUAUGAUGGCUUAUAAUUAUUGUUACAGCACAAUGCUGGGAAGAGUAAAUGAAAUGAGCUACGUUGGAAAUAAAAUUGGUGUCACAUCCAUUAAUUAUGAUGAAAAUAUCUUAACUUUACUAAAAGAUGAUAUCAUUAUUUCACCUAAUGGAAUUGCGUUUGUUAAACCAUCAGUAAGGAAGUCAACACUUACAAAAAUGUUAAAUGAGAUCUUAACAACGAGAUUUUUGGUGAAGAAGACAAUGAAAGAUUUACCAGCUGAGAAUAGCAAACUAAAUAGAUUAAUGAACAGCAGACAGUUAGCUUUAAAAUUACUAGCAAAUGUCACGUAUGGUUAUGCUUCUGCUUCGUUUUCUGGAAGAAUGCCUAAUUCUGAUUUGUCUGAUGCAAUUGUGCAAACUGGAAGAGAAAUUCUUCAAAAUGCUAUCGAAUUUAUUGAAGGUUCAGAAAAAUAUGGAGCUAAAGUAGUUUAUGCUGAUACAGAUAGUUUAUUUGUUUACUUACCUGGGAAGACCCGUGAAGAUGCUUUUUCAAUUGGAAGAGAAUUAGCAACGGAAAUAUCUCGAAGAAAUCCAGACCCAAUUGUUCUCAAUUUUGAAAAGGUUUAUAACCCAUGUAUUCUUUUAAGUAAAAAAAGAUACGUCGGCUAUGCCUACGAGUACGAGAGUCAAAUUAAGCCUAUUUUUAAUGCAAAAGGUAUCGAAACAGUUAGAAGAGAUGGCUACCGCCUGCAACAACAAGUUGUGGAGAAAGCUCUAACUAUAUUUUUUAGUACACAGGACUUAUCUCUUGUUAAAAAAUAUUUAUUUGAAAUAUUUACUAAGUUAGAUCGGGGCGAAAUCCCCAUCCAAGAUCUCUGCUUUGCACAAGAAGUAAAGUUAGGUUCAUACAAGAGCAUUGAUACAGCCCCAGCUGGGGCCCAAGUUGCCAUGCGUGAAAUGAAGAAUGAUAAAAGAGCAGAACCUCAAUAUAAAGAAAGAGUACCAUAUUUAGUUGUAAAAGGUGAAGCAGGUCAAAUAUUGAGAGAUCGAUCAAUUUCACCCAAGGAAUUUCUACAGAACCCAUCUUUGGAGAUUGAUUCAGAAUAUUAUAUAACGAAAACAUUGGUUCCUCCAUUAAAUAGAUUUUUUAGAUUAACCGGUGUGGAUGUAAAUGAAUGGCUAAAUGAAAUGCCACGGUUCAAAAAAAUUCUAACGGGAGAAGAAAAUCAGCAAUUGAAGAAAAUACUAAACUUCUCAGAAUGUAUCAAUUGUCACCAAAGCUUCACAACAGGAAUAUCCACACUCUGCAGUGAUUGUUCAAACCAGAAAUCAGCGACUGCUGUAAAUUUAAUAGAAAGUAUCCGCAAAUCUGAAACGGCAUACGAAAACAUACAGACUGUUUGCAGAGUAUGUAGUUUCAAAUAUAGUCACGAUGCAGGUCCAAUAAACUCCGAUAUAUCGUCUAACUGUAUCUCCCUCGACUGUCCAGUGUAUUUCUCUAAACUAAAGACAAAGAAACAACUCAAAAGUAAACAGUAUUCUGAAAUUCAAAGACAAUUAAAUACAUUCGACUCUUGGUAG